AUGGGGGAGUACUAUGGAGUGACCGUGACGUGUGAUGGAUGGACUCGACCCACUAGACAGUCCAUCAUCAAUUUCAAGGUAAAUUGUGAUGGAAGGACAAUCUUCCUCCAGUCAGUUGAUGCAUCUAGUGAGAAGAAGGAUGCAAAAUACAUCUACAACCUCUUAAAAGAGGUGGCAAAGGAUGUUAGGGUGAAGAAUGUGGUACAGAUUGUCACUGAUAAUGGACGCAAUGUCAAGAAAUCUAGGGAAAGACUAAUGACCAAUCGCAUGUACCAUCUAUUUUGGACUCCCUAUGCAUCCCAAUGCAUUGAUCUUAUGUUGAAAGACAUGGGAAAUUUGAAGGCUGUAAAAAGUGUGGUAGAGAAAGCGAGGCAGGUGACCACCUAUGUAUAUAACCAUGGGUUUGCUCUAAAUUUGUUAAGGACUAAAUGUGGUGGGCACUUGGUGAGUCCAUGGUUGACAAGAUUCGUGACAAACUAUAUCACAUUAAAGAGCUUUGAGAUGAAGAAAUCUGGAUUGAGGUCUGUGUUUGCUUUAGAUGAGUGGUUUAAUUGGGAUGGAUCUAAUUCUCAGGGAGGAAAAGCAGCUCAGGCAACUAUUGCUAGUGAAAAAUUCUGGGAUGAUCUCAAAAAAGUGGUGAGGAUACUAGAUUCAAUUGUCAACAUCUUAAAGCUGGUCGAAUCACAGAAGAAACCCACCUUACCAAUCAUAUGGGCAGCUAUUGAAAUGAUGAAGAUGGAGGUGGAUGUGGUGUACAGAUAA